AUCACAAACAGCACAAUGAAAUUCUUGGUAAUCGCCGCCGUCCUCGCGUACGCGUCAGCCGCGCCUUCUGGCGCCCUGUACGGUCAUGGUGCUCCCCUGGCGGUAGCGCAUGGAGCCCUGGGCCUGGCCCACGCCGCUCCCCUGGCCCUCGGCCACGCCGCCCACGGCAUCGCGCCCACCAUCUCCUCCGGUGACAUCCAGGGCGCCGCCAUCGACGCUCACGUCGUAGCCUCCGACCACGCUCGCGCUUCCCUGGACCUGGCCCGCAACCAGCACGACCAGGCCGCCGAGUUCCAGGGCCGCGCCAUCAACGCCGCCGAAGACCACGCCUGGCAGUCCCAGAGCGCCGCCCAGACCGCCUACGCCGCCGCCCAGACCGCCCACGCCGCCGCCGACGGCCACGCCGCCGGAAUCGCGCCUAUCGCCGCCCGCCAGCUUGCCGGCCACUCCCUCGCCCACGGUGCCAUCGCCGCCCCCGCCUACGCCGCCCACAGCGCCAUCGCCGCCCCUGCCUACGCCGCCCACGGCGCCGUCGCUACCUCCUACAGCAGCCACAUCGCCACCCCCGCCCUCGCCCACGGCGCCUACGCCGCGCCCGUCCUAGCCCACGGUGCCUACGCCGCGCCCGCCUUCGCCCACGGCGCCUAUGCCGCGCCCGCCCUCGCCCACGGUGCUUACGGUGCCGCCAUCAGCCAUUCCACCAUCAGCCAUGGUGCCCCAUUGGCGCAUGGUUGGUAAAUGUAGGUCCUUAUUUAAGUAACGUACUGUAAAUUAUAGCAAAUGACCAUAUAAGAAACCAUUGAAAUCA